GACGGUAAGGGUCUCAAAGUCCAAGACCCUGACCCAUCCAGGAGGGAGGACUUCGAGGUCGGAGAAACACGUGUGUCGGGAAGCCCAUGGAUGUAUAAGUCCUUCAAGUUGGGCUUUUUUAAGAUCCCUUGCUACGCGUCUGCCGGGUUUCAGGUCACAUUUGUGGCUUUUGCAAGCUUCCUUUGUCCGGGCAUGUUCAGUGCCAUCAACGGCCUGGGAGGAGGCGGAAUGGUCAACGCCCACGACAUCAACAAUGCCAACACCAUCCUAAACUCCGUCUUCGCGGUGGUUGGAUUCUUUGCUGGAAGCGUCGUCAACAGGAUCGGCCUUCGUAUGACCCUGGCUCUGGGCGGAUUUGGAUAUCCUGUGUUUGUGGCUUCUCUGCUAGUGUACAAUCACACACAGAAUGUCGGCUUUCUCAUGUUCGCUAGUGCCCUGCUCGGCUUCACUGCCGCUUUGUUCUGGACGGCCCAGGGAGCAGUCAUGAUAUCAUACCCUGCCGAGGAGGACAAGGGCCAUGCUAUAUCCUUGUUCUGGGCCAUCUUCAGUAUGGGAGCUGUCCUCGGAGGUCUAAUCCCCUUGGGUCAGAACAUACACUCCAGCAGCGGGUCGGUCAACGAUGGUACCUACAUUGGCUUCAUUGUACUGACUACCUGUGGUUUCGUCCUGGCUGAGUUCCUUUGCAACCCAAAGUUUGUCGUAAGGAAAGAUGGCUCACGAGUCAUUGCGAUGAAGAACCCGACGUGGAAAUCCGAGAUUACCGGUCUCUGGCAGACACUGAAGACUGAUUGGUAUACUGUCUUGCUUUUCCCCAUGUUCUUAGUCUCGAACUGGUUCUACACCUACCACUUUCAAGGCGUCAAUCUCCCAAUGUUCAACAUUCGCACUCGCGCACUCAACAACGUCUUGUACUUUUCGGCACAGAUCAUCGGCGCCUGGAUCUUUGGAUUUCUUUUGGACAUAAAGAUGUUCCGCCGUCCUACACGUGCGAGAGUUGUGGGCAACCUCCUCUUCGUGCUCACAAUGGGCAUCUGGGCUGGGGGAUACGAGUUCCAAAAGACCUAUACGCGAGAGAAGAUGGAAGAAUACCCGGAGCUGAAGCUUGAUUGGAGCGACUCCGGCUAUAUCGGUCCCAUGUUCUUGUACAUUUUCUAUGGGAUGUACGACUCCGCUUGUCAGGGGUACUGCUACUGGAUGAUGGGCGCCAUGACGAACAACAGCCGCAAGCUUGCCAACUUUACUGGAUUUUAUAAGGGCAUGCAGCCAACAGGUGCAGCUAUUGCACCGCAACUGGAUGUGAAGAGGGUGUCCUACAUGGGCCAGCUAUAUACGUGCUGGGGGCUUUUGGCCUUCUCUCUGAUCCUGGCAUCACCCGUCAUCUGGAUCAAGGUCACGGAGCACUCUGAUCUCGAGAAGGAUCUUAGGUUCUCAGAUGAGACUAUGGAGGAGGUUGUCGCGGAGCCUCUGGAAGCCGUGAACCAUUGAUCAUACCAAUCUCUGGAGAGCCCAAAGGUGGCCAGCAUGAAUCUGGGCGAACUAUUGGUAUGCAUGGCAGUGAGAAUCUGGUUAAGGGCUGUUUUCAGUUUAGCCGAUGCAACUCUGACUUUUGUUUAAUUUUUGAUGUGGUGGAUUUUGUCAUCUGUAGAGAAGCAAAUAGCUCUUGUAGUUAUUAGAAGGAAGCAAAAAACCUUUCGGG